UCAUGAUCGAAAGUCCCAAUUGACAAUUGUCAAUAUUAUCAAUUGUGAGCCAGUUACUACUGUUAGGGCGCUUCAGCACCGCUUUGAUUGCGUUGUCAGAAGACGUUCCAGAUGGCGGGUACCUCUGUUUGCUUCCGCUUGACUUCCUCGGCGCAGCUUCAUGCUUCUUGUCAGAGGGCAGGGUACAAUGAAGUGGUAGGGAAGGAAUUGCCGACAAGGGUUGUGAAUGUUGGAAGGAGGAGGCGGGUCUUGCGUAUCGGAGCCCUUGAGAUGGAGCAAAGACACCGUCCACUUAGUGAAACCAGGAAAACCACUCGGCGCCACCUGCUGCCACCUGUCAGUGCAUCAUACAGAGAUGAUGUCAGCGGCGAUGCCAGCAGCGCUGCCCCGCUGACUGCUGUGGAUGAGGAGGAGCGCAGAGGAAGUAACGGGAGAGCAGCCUAUAGUGGUGUCUCUGUUGAGUCAUCAGAGGAGGCAGAGUCUCAGAAGCGGCAAAAGCUGUUCAAUCAAAUUGCCCCCAUGUAUGAUCAGUUGAACGACUGGCUCUCCCUGGGGCAACACCGGAUAUGGAAGCGCAUGGCAGUCAAGUGGAGCAGAGCAGCCAAGGGCGACAACGUUCUAGACAUUUGUUGCGGCAGUGGGGAUGUCGCCUUCCUGUUAGCAGAGACUGUAGGACCUGAGGGCCAGGUCACUGGCCUCGACUUCUCGUCGGAGCAGUUGGGGGUGGCGGCAGCGAGGCAAGAUGCUUCGUAUACCGCGUCGAAACUCAGAAUGAAGUGGAUUGAAGGCGACGCCCUCUCACUGCCGUUCGAUUCGAAUGCCUUCGACGCAGCUACGAUGGGGUACGGCCUCCGGAACGUUACUGACAUCCCCCGCAGCCUGCGGGAGAUCCACCGUGUCUUAAAACCAGGCGCAAGUGUCGCCAUUCUAGACUUCAACAACGCUAGUGGUACAGUAAUUGGUGAGCUUCAGGGCUGGUUAUUGGAUAACGUGGUGGUCCCGGUCGCCCGCCAGUUCCAGGUGGAGGAGCAGUACGAGUACCUCCGACCUAGCAUUGAGCGCUUCCCAAGAGGUCGGGAGCAGAUUCGCAUGGCGAAGGUGGCGGGCUUCAAGAAGGCUACCCACUAUGAGAUUGCAAAUGGGCUCAUGGGCGUUCUGGUCGCUCAAAAGUGAACUUUUUGUUCCAAGGGGAGACUGUCUGCAGCAGCCUCUGUAGCGAUCGGGCAAUGUUGAACCUAUUUGUCCAAGGUAGGUAGCGUCAUUUUGGAAAGGGCGCUGUGCUCAUCCGAGCUUUCUGCGCAUGGCUAAAUUUGAAGGUCUACCGCUCAAGGUUCACCGCUAGCUACUGCAGAUUCACUGAGUCGAAGCACAGGGUCAAUUGGAUGGGUCAACAUUGCCGUGUCUCAGAUUGCUGAUUGUGGCUUGUUUGCAUAUGUACGAAUGUUGCAAGCCGGUGGCCACUAGCUUACGAGGAGAUCACACUAUCAUGGAAGUUCGUAAUUUAUUGAAUGUAGACUUGAAACCUUGGCGGCGGCUGGGCCAGGUCGCCCGCGGCCAGCGCGAUUGACCGACCAGCCUCCGAUCCUCGAGAGGCUCUGGCUGGAUACGAACUGAGGCUGCUUUUCGAAUGGAUAGCAUGUAGAGUCCGAU